CCACAUUUAACUUCCGUGGACGAGCUAAGCAUGACCAGCGUUCGCAUCUCAUGGCAACAGAUGCUAGGAGGUCCGUAUAGGGGCGUCGUUACUCUGCAGCCCGAGGGCGGCGUCCUCGGCGGGUCACAUUCCUGUUCUGUCAACUCCAGUACUGCCAAUGCAUUCUGCCUAGUGACCAGUUUGCAGCCAGACUCCCUAUACUCUGCCACCGUGAAGGUUUGCUCCAUAACCGGCUUCUGCAGCGAGCCGUCACGUCGAGUUUUAGUGCACACCCUCUUUGACGCGACAGUGAUGAACUUCAACAUACUGGGCCCACACGAGAUGUUUGCAAGCUGGAGGGAAGAGAAACCCCAUCCCAGCACGAGCUAUAGGCUGCAUGUAAACAACCAGGAGCACGUGGCCUGUAGACAACCGACCCUGGAGGGGAAGAAAGAAAACCAUAUCUGCCACAUCACUGGUCUCCGGGCGAACACGAGUCACGUAUUGCAGCUAUAUCUUUGUCCCGAUAAGUCUGCCUCCUGUCAUCGGGCAUCGCACCCACAUUUUGCAAGAACACCGGCUGUUCGGGUGGUGGACGAUAGACCGCCGCAAGAACUAUCAAUAAACGCUAUUGGCCCUAAUACUGCGACAGUCAAAAUUAAUCACACAGACGAUGGCUCUACUUACUUCGUCGUUGCCUCCCCCUUUAACACCUUAUUCUCCCUUCAAAACAACACGAGCAAACGCUGCAAAAUGGUCAACGUUACGGGAAGUCUAACCUGUCGCCUGCAGGAUCUUCCUCCAAACACAAUCCAUCAGUUGGACAUCCAUAAAUGCCAUCCCGCCGGCGGAAACUGCACUCCUCUUUGGACUGUUGGGCAUGUCAGGACCCUGCCUGAAGGUAGGUGCUUGCCGCCUCUUCCCAUUCCUCUCCCCGGCGAGCCCCCCAACUAG